AUGACUUUCAUUAAAGAGUUCCAACAUCUCAAAAUUUCACUCCAAGUUAUAGAAUCAGCCACCGACAAUUUCACGGAAAUUAACUGUAUCGGGAGUGGUGGUUUCGGGAAAGUUUAUAAAGGAGAAAUUCUCUUAUCUGGCGUGCUCAACAUGGUUGCUAUAAAGCGUUUGGAUAAAUCAUUAGAACAAGGAGCCACUGAGUUUUGGCAAGAGAUAUUGAUGCUUUCUCAAUACAAACACGAAAAUAUUGUCUCCCUUAUAGGCUUUUGUGACGAGGGUGGUGAGAAUAUCCUUGUCUAUGAGUAUCUAUCUAACAAGAGUCUCGACUUGUACUUAAAUAGCGUUGAUUUGUCUUGGUAUCAACGCCUUUCAAUAUGCCUAGGGGCUGCAAUGGGACUACAAUACCUUCAUGAACCUGUGGAGGGGAGUCAGCAAAGAGUCUUACAUCGGGAUAUCAGAAGUGCAAAUAUAUUGUUGGAUCAGAAUUGGAGACCUAAAAUAGCAGACUUUGGUUUGUCCAAACUAGGUCCUGCUAACCAGCAAUUUACUUUUCUUAUUUCAAAUGCAGUAGGUACAAUGGGGUAUUGUGAUCCCUUAUAUGUACAAACAAGCUUUUUGACAAAAGAAUCUGACGUUUAUUCUUUUGGUGUGGUUUUGUUCGAAGUUCUAUGUGGAAGACCAUGUGUACUACCAAAUUAUGAUGAUAUUCGCAGAAAUCUGGCGGCAUUGUCACGGAAAUGCUACGAUGAAAAGAAAAUGGAUACCAUUAUUCACAUUGGUCUACAGGAUAAUAUUUCUCCAAAGUGUUUAGAAAGGUUUUCGGCAAUAGCGUAUCAAUGUUUGCAGUUAGACCGUGCAGCACGACCAACAAUGGGUAGAAUCGUGCAAGAGCUUACAUCUACACUUACUUAUCAAUUGGAUUUUGUUGUCCCGACGGAGCUUUUUGCAGGUGGUGGGAGCGUACCUAGAGUGAAUAAUAUACCAUCAGCAUCUUCAGGUUCUGAUAAGUUAGAGUCAUCUUCCAGUCAACUUAAACUGCGUAAAAUGUCAUCUGAUGUAUCAAGUUUCGACAAAUUAGACUCACCUUCCAGUCAUCAUAGGCUGGAAAAGUCGAAAACUGAAAGGCCUAAACGUACCAAUAUACUUGUGGAAGAAGCGUCUCAGAUAUUUGAUCAGAAGUUAUCUGUUCAUCAAAAGCUCAAAUUGUUGAACAGAAUUGCUACUGUAAAUGAGGACGGAAUGGUAGAAUUCGAAAUACCUGCAGAUGUCGAGCCUAGGGCGCACAGGGUUGGAGCUGGGGAAGAUCAGUAUUUAGCCAAUGAGGAUUUUGUUGACUCAACGGAACCUCAAUAUUCUCCACCAUUACAGAUAGUAAUGCUUGUAGUUGGAAACCGUGGUGAUGUGCAACCAUUUGUUGCAAUCGGAAAGCGUUUGCAGAUGUAUGGCCAUCGUGUUAGGCUAUCAACCCAUUCAAACUUCAAGGAAUUUGUGUUGACCGCAGGAUUAGAGUUCUAUCCCCUUGGCGGAGAUCCUAAAGUUCUUGCUGAAUUCAUGGUUAAGAGAAAAGGGUUCUUGCCUUCAGGUCCUUCUGAGAUUUUUGUUCAGAGAAGUCAGAUGAAGGAGAUAAUAUAUUCAUUACUUCCGGCAUGUAAAGAGCCUGAUCUUGAUAGUAACAUCCCGUUUAAAGCAGAUGCAAUUAUUGCCAAUCCCCCAGCAUAUGGACAGACACAUGUUGCAGAGGCACUGAAAAUACCCAUUCAUAUUUUUUUUACAAUGCCUUGGACGCCCACUAGUGAAUUUCCUCAUCCCCUAUCCCGUGUCAAGCAAUCAGCUGGAUAUAGAUUGUCAUAUCAAACUGUUGAUUCUUUAAUUUGGAUUGGAAUCCGGGACAUAAUAAAUGAUCUUCGAAAGAAAAAACUGAAGUUGCCGCCAGUCACAUAUUUAAGUGGUUCGCAAGGCUCAGAAGCUAAUAUACCACAUGGAUAUAUAUGGAGUCCUCAUCUUGUUCCAAAACCAAAAGAUUGGGGACCUACAAUUGACGUGGUUGGAUUUUGUUUCCUUGAUCUUGCUUCAAACUAUGAACCUCCCGAGGAACUCGUAAGAUGGCUUAUGGCUGGUCCAAAGCCUAUCUACUUUGGGUUUGGUAGUCUCCCAGUUCAAGAGCCUGAGAAAAUGACAGAAAUAAUUGUUAAAGCGCUAGAAACGACUGGACAAAGGGGUAUUAUCAACAAAGGCUGGGGUGGUCUUGGCAACUUGGCAGAAUCUAAGGAUCAUAUAUACUCAUUGGACAACGUUCCUCAUGACUGGCUUUUCUUGCAAUGUGCAUCUGUGGUCCACCAUGGAGGCGCUGGAACAACAGCCGAGGGUCUUAAAGCUGCGUGCCCGACUACAGUCAUAUCGUUCUUUGGAGAUCAACCCUUUUGGGGAGAACGAAUUCAUGCAAGAGGCGUGGGUCCUCCGCCAAUACCAGUUGAUGAAUUUACGCUUCCCAAGUUGAUUGAUGCAAUCAAGUUCAUGCUAGACCCCAAGGUGAAGGAACGAGUUGUGGAACUUGCGAAGGCCAUGGAGAAUGAGGACGGGGUGGACGGGGCAGUGAAAGCGUUUUUACGACAUCUUCCACAAAACACAUCUGAUACCGACCCUAACCCCCCUCCCUCGUCAUCGGGGUGGAUUGGGCGGUGGAUGGGGAAGUGAAAGUGUUUCAUGUCAUUUGUUAUCUAACACCAUAUCUAGGUAAUAUAAAAAUUAAAAAACUUUUGUAUGUAUAAUACAUUAAUACCUAUACCUAUGGUUGAUACAUAAUGUUCUUAAUGUCAUUUGUUUGAUGUAAGUAGACAAAUGAUCUUCUACAUGCACAUGUCUGUGAUUUCUG